GUGAAGAUGAAACUGGGACCCGCGGCGCGUCUUCAAGCGGAGAUUCACGGACAUGGAGGAGGGGAAGCGCAGUCCGCCCGCGAUGCUUCUGUUCCUUUCCCUGCUGAUCUUCUGUGUGCCACUAGGGGGCGACAGCUCCCCAAUCUCCUGCUACAACGACCAAGGAGAUGCUGUUGAUUGGUACUACAUGUACAAGCUGCCGAAAGGACACGGCGGUAAAUCCCCCCACCGGGGCGAGCUGUACCUCCUGAUGGAGGAGGGGAGCGAGGGAUGGACCAACGGGACGGGGACGGUGAACGACACCACGGCGGCUCUGGGCCGGACGGUGGGACAGCUGUACUCACAGGGACGGAACUCCGAGGUGGGUUACAUCCUUUACAAUGACCAGAGGCCAACUGGGGGCGUCGGUGACCCUGGAGGGAGGGGGGGGCACACAAAAGGUGUCGUCCUGCUGGAUAAGAAGCAGGGCUUCUGGUUGAUCCACAGCACGCCUCACUUCCCCCCCGCGCGGCGGGCGGGACGCUACUACUACCCCGACAGCGGCGUGACCAACGGGCAGAACUUCCUCUGCGUUACCUUCCCGCUCGACCGCUUCCAGACCAUCGGAGAGCAGCUGCAGAUCAAUCAGCCCAACGUGUACGACUGCGGCGUCCCGGCGGCCCUGGCCGCCGCGGCGCCCGCCCUGGCCGCCGUCUGUGAGAUACGACACCCGCCGCCCGCUCGCACGGCUGCGAGUGCGAAGCCGGCGUCCAACCGCAGCGUGACUCUGACCUCUCAGGGCGGCGCCGAGUUCAUCAGCUUCGCCAAGGGGGCCUCCUUCAACAACGACCUGUACCACUCCUGGGUGGCCCCCAGCCUCGGCUCGGACCUCCUGGUCCAGUUCUGGAUCCGCUCCUCGGGCAUCCGGCCCUCCGACUGCUCUCUGGGCUGGAAGGUCCUGGACAUCGAGGUCCUCAACCCGGGCCAGACGGGCCCCUUCAAGACCAGCCAGGACCACUCCAAGUGGGCCGUCAGCCCCGAGGGGGCGGUGUCCGGGGGGGGCUGGGUGUGCGUGGGCGACAUCAACCGCAACAAGGCGGAGGAGAGGCGGGGCGGCGGCACGCUGUGCCGGCGGGACCCCGCGGUGUGGAAGGCUUACCGCGCGGCGGCGCUGCAGUGCCAGGCCUGUGGCGGAGGAGGGACCGUCCAGUGUUGAGGGGGGGGGGGGGGGGCUGAGAUCAUAUCUUCUAUUUUAAUGUCUGAUCAAAUCUCUCUCUCUAUAUAUACAUAUAUAUAUAUAUGUAUAUAGAUAUAUAUAUAGAUAUAUUUGUAAACAUUUUUUAAAAAUGUAUUACUUCAGUAUUAGUCUUGACUUCAUUGUCUUUACGGGUUUCUGUGGAGCUUUUUUAGAGUUUUUCAUGUGUCUUUAUUGUGAAGGUAGAGUUGUGUCUUUAUUGUGAAGGUAGAGUUGUGUCUUUAUUGUGAAAGUAGGGUUGUGUCUUUAUAUUGAGGGUAGAGUUAUGUCUUUAUUGUGAAGGUAGAGUUGUGUCUUUAUUGUGAAGGUAGAGUUGUGUCUUUAUUGUGAAAGUAGAUGUGUGUCUUUAUUGUGAAGGUAGAGUUGUGCCUUUAUUGUGACGGUAGAGUUGUGUCUUUAUUGUGAAGGUAGGGUUGUGUCUUUAUAUUGAGGGUAGAGUUAUGUCUUUAUUGUGAAGGUAGAGUUGUGUCUUUAUUGUGAAAGUAGAUGUGUGUCUUUAUUGUGAAGGUAGAGUUGUGUCUUUAUUGUGAAGGUAGGGUUGUGUCUUUAUAUUGAGGGUAGAGUUAUGUCUUUAUUAUGAAGGUAGAGUUGUGUCUCUAUUGUGAAAGUAGAUGCUUGUCUUUAUUGUGAAGGUAGAUUGUCGGUAGGUGUUUUUAUUACGCAAAAAUAAAAAGGUUUUGAGAGCAAAUUUCUCGUUUUAAGUAAAUUAAUUGUUAAUUUUGCGGUUGAAACUCGAAUUUUUAGUUUUUUUUAGAGCAAAUGUUUUCAUUUUGAGUUUAUAUUUUUUAUUUUCAGAACACAUUAUAGUUUCAUCAGCAAAACUAACAAUUAAUUUACUUUCAAAUGAUAAAUUUUGCACUCAACAUUUUUGUUGUUUGCGUAAUAUCGACACAAAUCUACUUUCACACUUUAUCUGCACACGUGACACUGAUGCAAUACCCUUUCCAGCCAGUAGAGUAAAUUUAGACUAAAAGUAAAAAAAAAAAAUUCUAUCGGGAUUAUUUAUGACCAGUUUAGCUCUGGAAAAACUACAAUCUUGAUCGUCUCGUGGCAGUGUGUUCCUCUGGGGGCCUUUAAGGCACAACAUUUUUUUUAUUACUACAAAUGAUUAUGGGCUGCCUUCAGGGCGGCUGCACCCUCGUCUUCAAACUUAAUACACAGAACUACGCUGGAGGAGGACAGUUCGUCACAUCUGACAGGAAGCAGAGGGCUUUCUGGGAAAUAUGGCGUUAGUAUUUUGGAAAAACACAAAAAACCUCAAAGUGCCUCUUUGAAUGAAAGCAUUAGUUUGAGUGUCUGUAUUAAAGAGUCGGCGCUGCCUUCAACUUUGUCUGCUUUGAUCUGCGUGUAAAAGUAAAUAUGACGUAUCACACAUUUUACACCAGAACUCUUGUUUUUCAAAAAAAAAAUUAACGUCUCCUCGAUUGUAUAGCUGUGUCACAUUCUUUGAUUUAAGAUGAAGAUGCUGGAUGUCUUGAAUCUGAAUAAAAAGACCCCAAAUAAAGA